CUCCAGCUUGCCUGCGACCCUGUAGAUGGAUAAAGCGGCUAGAGAUAAUGAGAUUUUAUAUAUAUAUAUAUAUAUAUAUAUAUAUAUAUAUAUAUAUUACAGCAGACAGAAGAACUGAGCACAUCUCAAGGGCAACCUAAAAGGUGAGUUUGGCCAGAAAAAACAAAACAGAAAGCAAGCUCCGGAGGCAGGGAGGAAAUGUGGUCGACCUCCAAAAGCAAAGAGGUCUGGUCGGCCACAUAAGAGGGCAGCACCAUCCAGUCCUACAUACCUUGCAUCAGAGUCCUCCAGCUCUCAGGACCAUAGGGAGGACCCUCCACCAAAGAGGACAUGUGCUCAGAGAAAACAUGUCCUGAGAGGAUCAACAGCCUUGUCAACCAACUGUCACCUGAGGACUCGAAGGAGCUGCUGAAGAAAUUGGCAGCAGGGAAGGUGUUUGACUGUGCUGGUGCUGCCCAGCCUGAUCCUCAGCAUGAUGUGCCGAGCUGGUCAUCGGUGUCAUCGGUGUUGCGAGAUGCCGACUGAUCUGGAGAGGAAGUGCUGUGAGAAUCACUCUGGACACUGCAUCAGCAUUAUGCCCGUAUGUAUUUAUACAGGUACUAUCAGAUAUCGGUAGAUAUUGCACCCUUUCAGAAAGUUAGAAACAUCACAGCCAGUCUGUGAAAAUUUUAUAUUCGCAAAAUUUGUUUACUGUAAAUGUUUACUGCAAGUGUCAUUAUACUGCUAUCUUACUGUAUUUAUGAAAAUCCCAGUAAAUUAACAUCCUGCACAAACAUACAGUGCUGCAGCACCAGCUUUUGACAUGCUUAUUGCUUCAAUCAAGUUUCUAGCAUAGUUGUCAUUCAUAAUGUUUUUUUUUUUUUUCCACUUUCCAAGCAUGUACAUUUAGAUACACAAUUUACUGGCUAAUGUUAUAUUCAUGAAUUCCUGCAUAUUUUAUUUCAGGAGAUGGACCAUUUCAUUUUGGACGAAGUAGUCCUUCACCUACAGAAGCUAUUACGAAAUGACUUCCUUGCACUCCAUACUGCCAUUGAAGAUGACGUCAGCAAGACCAACCGCCAUGUAGCCUAUCGGCAGUUUAUUUUGUGGCAGUAUGGCCGACUGACAGUAGGAGACCGUCAUGUGAUCCCCAGCUGUGCUGUCUGGAGAAUUCGUGACAAAUUUCCAGCCAGCACAAACACCUACACUGGAUAUGUUCCAGGACUUCUAAACUGAGAUUUGAUAUAAUUGGACUCUUUCUACAAUGAUCAUAGAGAUGUAAUAAAUAAUGCAUAAUAAUGUCUGUAUAAAAUCUUUAAUGUGUAUUCUCAGAGGGUGGCACAGUGGUGUAGUGGUUAGCACUGUCGCCUCACAGCAAGAAGGUCCUGGGUUCGAGCCCAGUGGCUGACAAGGGCCUUUCUGUGUGGAGUUUGCAUGUUCUCCCCGUGUCUGCAUGGGUUUCCUCCGGGUGCUCCGGUUUCCCCUACAGUCCAAAGACAUGCAGGUUAGGCUAACUGGUGAAUCUAAACGGCUCUAAAUAUGCAUGUGAGUGUGAAUGGUUGUUUGUCUCUGUGUCAACCCUGUGAUGACCUGGCGACUUGUCCAGGGUGUACCCCGCCUCUCACCCAUAGUCAGAAGGGAUAGGCUCCAGCUUGCCUGCGACCCUGCACAGGUUAAGCAGCUACAGAUGUCAAGUCAAGUUUAUUUGUAUAGUGCUUUUAACAAUAAACACUGUCACAAAGCAGCUUUACAGAAUUUGAACAAUUUAAAAUAUGAGCUAAUUUUAUCCCUAAUCUAUCCCCAGUGAGCAAGCCUGUGGCGACAGUGGCAAGGAAAAACUCCCUCAGACAACAUGAGGAAGAAACCUCGAGAGGAACCAGACUCAAAAGGGAACCCAUCCUCAUUUGGGCAGCAACAGUCAGGACAAACAGACGAGGACCCAAGAGCGCAAGUUAAAUGUUGAAUUUAUUGAUAGCAGGGGAAAGGGAGUAUGUGUGUGUGAAGUUCAGUGGCAAGAAGACUGAGAAGCAGGGAUGGCUGGUGGGAGCGUGGUGGUGACGUCUGAGGUCUCCUAUCCAAGUACUAACCAGGCCUGACCCUGCUUAGCUUCUGAGAUCAGACGGGAUCAGGCGUUGUCAGAGUAGUUUGGCUGCAAGCUGACAGCCCUUGGUGUUCAGGCGGUCUCCCAGCGAGCAGGCUCUCAGCAGGCAGACAGGACAGCACAACAGACAGGAGUUUGGGAACAGGCUGAAACACAGAGUCACAGGUCAGGUAGCGAGAAUGGAGACAGAAAAGCAGGGUCAGGUUACCAGGGCUGAAGAGUUGUCGGAGUCGAUGCCUUGAAAGACGAUCUGACACUGAAGCUUGGGAGGACUGCAGUUUAAAUAUACACAGGGAAGGGAGCAGGUGAUAGGAACCAGCCAAUGACAGCCACUGAAAGUCAAAUGAGGGUUAAUGAUGGUAAUUGACAGCAGGUGAGCCUGAUGGGGAAGGAGCAUGCACGUGGCAGGUAAUACAGAGUGGAGAGGAGUGGAAUGUUACCUGAAGAGAGGAAACCACAGGUAGGACCAUGACAACAACAUGACUAUAAAAUUAACAGUCCUAACAUAAAGUCAGCUUCAUUGAUGCUAUAAACCCCCCCCAACAGAAACCUGAGCGCAAAACCGUUCACGACAACCACAGUCCCAAAGUCAGCAAGUCAUCUGCAGUCCUAAAGUCAGCAAGUCAACUGCAGUCCCCAGCCAUAAAAGCACCACUGCAAGAGUCCAGAGCAUCCUCCAGGACCCCCAACUUUCCACAUGGGGCCGCCCUCCAUAGGAGCGAUGCGAUGAGACUCCAACCAGAUACAGGGCACUAGGAUGGAUCAGGCAGGUCCAAGGAGCAGAAGAGGUCAGCAUCUCGAUUCCAGGACUGACAUGUAACUCAGAGGGACAGAUUUUGGGGGGGGACUACAGGUUGUUAGGUAUGCCCAGUGUAACCUGAAUAAGUAGGAACAGUAUACAUAUUGCACUGAGUACAAGCAGGGACUCCGGCAACUAACUAUGACAGCAUAACUAAAAGGGGAGAGCCAGAAGGUAACACAGGCAUGAGGGAGCCCCGGGACAUAAAGCAGCCAGCCACCAGAGGUGUGGACUCGAGUUACAUGACUUGGACUCGAGUCAGACUCGAGUCAUGAAUUUGAUGACUUUAGACUCGACUUGACAAAAUGUAAAGAGACUUGCAACUCGACUUGGACUUUAACAUCAAUAACUUGUGACUUCACUUGGACUUGAGCCUUUUGACUUGACAAGACUUGCUGCUUUCCCCAAAACCCAAAAAUUAAAAAGUAUGUUAUUAAGGAACGUAUCUUUCAUUGUGUGUAUGUGUGCGUCUGUGCAUGUAUUUGCUGUCGGCACAACAUCCAAUCAAAUUAGAUCCACAUUGUUUUGAUCUGACAUGCUGUCAUCCAAUCAAAUUGCAGGACAACCAAUGAAGAGGAACUGUCAAACAACAUGCCAGUUAGAAAAAAUUAUACCAAAGAUAGUUUCAUUCGGGUAUAAAAACUACGAGGUGGUCAACAAAAAAUGAAUUGCAGUAUGCAAAACAUGCGGGUCGAAGAUUACAGACAGAGACGCAACAACUUCCAACUUCGUUUGACAUUUGAAGUUGUACAAAGAACGAUUUGAAGAAUACCAGAUGAACAAAAGCAUCACAAAUGAAGCACAACAGCCUUCAAUCUCACAAUUCCUGGACAAUCGUGUCGGGCAUUACAGCAUGAGUCAUCCACAGCAGAAAGCUAUCACCAAUGCAAUACUGUCCGACCUGAUUAUUGAUUGCAACUUGCCCCUGUCUAUUGUGGAAAACGAGUUUUAGGCACUUUCUGACAGUACUUGACAGCAAGUACACCCCAGUGUGUCGCAGAACACCGACAUCAAAAACAGAGAACCUCGCUGAAGAGAGACGUUCAAAAUUAAAAACUCUAUUGAGCAACACUGACCAUGUUUCAGUCACUGUGGACAUUUGGUCUGACUGAAAGAUGAGGGGAUUCCUGGGUGUCACUUUGCACUGGAUAGAGAAAGAGGCAGAGAGGAUACAGCUGAAGUCCAAUCUCGUGGCCUGUGAGUGCUUCAAAGGCUCACACACAGCUGAAAGAGUCUGUGACCAAUUUGAGUCAAUAUGUGAUGAAUACAACAUUAAAGAUAAACUGGACUACAUUAUUCGUGAUAAUGCUGCUAACAUGCAAAAAGCAUUCACUGUGUGCUUCCCCAGUGAACAAGAGGAUGACGAUGAUGGAGAUCAUCUUGAUGACCCUGAGCUCUGGUGUGACUUAACCCUGGAAGAUCAGCAAACAGUAGAUGUUGCUAUGGCAAAGAAACAGUGCUUGCAGUGUUUUGCACACACUUUUCAGCUGGUGGUGGGAGACGGUUUGAAAGAAACAAAUGUGGUAUCUCCUUCUCUUUCAAAGUUAUCAAAACUCAGCUCACUGCUGCACACAAGCACAACAUUCAAAGAUGUGUUUGAUGCUGAAUUUGGGGAACAGAAAGGCAUCCCUGCUGCAGUUAACACAAGAUGGAACUCAACACUGAGGCAAAUGAAGGCAGUUCUCCAGUGCAAUCAUCUAAAGCUCUGUGCUGUUCUAGAAAAGGCUGGGCACAGGGAGUUGUCAUUCACAGCACAGGAGUGGAAUCUGUUGAAGGAGUUGGUGGACAUCUUGAAGCCAUUUGGAGAAGCAACUUAUUUGACAUGGGGGAGAAGGUCAUCACAAUCAGUGCUGUUGUUCCAUCCAUCUUGUCCCUCAGCCACCACCUUGAGAAGCUGAAGCCUCAAGUCUGUUUCCUGAGCAGCCUGGUCAGAAGUCUCCAGGCAUCCCUGAACAGAAGAUUUCUUGGAAUCUUCAUCAACAUGAAAAUGGCCAGGACACAAGAUGGGGUCAUUGCUCCCUUUUCAGAUCCAAUCUACCUCAAAGCAGCUGCCUUGGAUCCAGCCUCUUCUCUGUUGUGGGUGGAGCCCCAUGUGCUGGUCAAUCGUGACGUCAAGGCAGAGGUGGCACAACAAGUUAAAGAAUUGAUCCUGCAAGAUGCUGCAGAGACUGAGCAACCUGUGCCUUUUGUUGAUGAAGAAGAGCAAGAGGACCUCAGAGAAGGAGAAGGGCUGUUUGCUGCAUACCAUAAGAGGCAGAAGAAGGAUGUUGGGACUACUCCAUCACUACAGCUAAGUCACUACCUUGACAUAGCCGAAGGACAGAACGCCCUUUUGUUCUGGGCAUUGAACCUGAAGACUCUUCCUUCACUGUUCUGAGUGGCCAUCAGAGUCUUGGCAGUGCCUGCCUCCAGUGCUCCAGUGGAGCGAGUUUUCAGCCAUGGUGGCAUCAUACUACGUCCCCAUCGUGCACAAAUGACUGACAGACUUUUGGCCACUUUGGUCUUUUGCAAAUGCAAUGCAGCAUAGGGCUCUGACAUAUUAAAAGCACAACCCUGUUCAUUGUUAUGUUCAUGUGUUUAUGUUUCUCACAUGUACACACACACACACACAGACAAUAUGAGAUGAGAUAAGUACAGGACAGGACAAACUGCUGUGGAACUAGUUGAAAUGCAAUAUGCCAUGGAAAUACAAUGUUAGCACUUUUGUACAAAUAAUUACAGUUGCACUUGUUUUUUCAAAUGUGUUUAUUCUGUAAAGGAGUGGUUUAAAAUGAAGAAUAUUCUUACAAAA